AUGAGCAAUGAACAGAGAAACGAGGCAGGUGCACCAGAUGAAGAAGAGGAUGACUACAUGAACAUGUCCUUUGACGACCCAACACCCGCAAAAGAGACAUCCUUACAGCGCACCCAACGACUCAAGCGCGAAGCACGCGCACGAGGUGUCAUCAAAUCGAAAGAGCAGAUCGCAGAGGAGGAAGAAAUCGCGCGAGAAAAAGCUCUCUCUACGUCAAUGCUAGACGAUGCAAAAGCCAAAAAGAGCAAGGGUUUCGCCAUGAUGGCUAAGAUGGGCUUCACGGGUGGUGGCUUGGGAAAAAAGACAGAAGAAGGCAAUGCGCCUGGCCGGACUGAACCGAUCAAGGUCAGCGUCAAGGAUGAUCGUGGAGGUAUUGGUUUGGAUAAUGAGAAGAAGCGCAAGAUCAGAGAGGCAGCUGAGGAGAGAGAUAUCAAAGCUGCCAAGAUGGACCCAGACGAGUAUCGCGAGCGCGUGAGAAAAGAACGCGAGGACGCCAGGCUUGAGAAGCAGUUCUUUGCGGCGCAACGCACAGUAGAAAGAAUGGACGAUGAGAAGGCGGAAAUUUCUGGCACCAAUCCUCAAAUACCAAAAGCAAAAGAUCAAGCAGACAAGUCCGUAUCGAUCUCAUCACGCCCUCUCAAGUCUGUGCCGCUUCUAUAUCGCGGCCUCGCCAGACACAGAGAAGAAGCAGAGCGUGACCGCCGCAUGCGCUACGAUCUCGAGCAGUCACUCUCGCGACUACCCACCUACGAGGACGACCAGGAGGAUGCAGAUGAUAAAAGGGCACUUGGAAAAGGUCACACAGUAUACGCUACAGCUGAGGAUCUGGAUGAAGAGGAUGAGGAGUUGGAUCACUUCAACGAGCUUGAGAUUGGAGAGCGGCUGAGGCGGGUGGUGGAGUAUCUGAGGGAGAAGCAUCAGUAUUGCUUCUGGUGUAAAAUGGCGUAUCCUGAUGUUGAGAUGGAGGGAUGCCCGGGCUUGGCUGAGGAGGAUCACGAUUGA